UUGCCUUUCGACCCCUUCGAAUCUGCCAGUGCCGUGGACUUCACCCCAUCCUUCCUGGAGUCGCGCGUCCGUCCAAAUAAGGAGAAUGUACUGUUUGCUGUGAUAGAUAAGAGACAACCUGCGCAUGAUGGUAGCCAGCCAUUGUCCCGAACCUUAGCAGGGAUAAUCAGCCUGUUGAAUACAUCACCUACAGACCUCAUGACGGAGAUGGGGUUCACCCUGACAUUUCCAGCUUUGCAAGGAACCCAUGUGACCAAAAGCGCGACAGCGCUCUUGCUUUGCUGUUGCCUCGAUCCUAGCCCCGUCGGGCUCGGUCUUAGGCGAGUGCAGUGGCAGGCGAAUAUCGCCAAUCAGGCGUCUAUACAUGUGGCCGAAAGGAUGCGAUCCACCAAAGAGGCCGUCAGACGAUGGGACAGGGUCGUGCCAGCCGAUGGGAAGGUCGGAAACGGGCGGAGAAUAGGGUUCGGGGAUCCCAAGGGAGCUAGCAUUGGGAGAGACAUAGGCAUAUUGUCUAUUUAUUGGGAUGAUUGGGAAGAGAGGCGAGAAUUUAUCCAAGGAGUAAGAGACGUGCACUUUCAAAGAGAGGUGAAGACAAAGAAACUUACCGAUAUAGCGUCAGUGACCAACGUGCACGAUGAGUUACACGGCGCUGAAAGGAGCAAGAAGUAG